AAAGAUGCGCGCAAGUUUAUAAUUUAUACAUAACCGCUGUUGUGUAAAUUGUUUUUCAAAAAAGUGAGGUUAUGCAAAUAUUUUUGGAUGGUUUUUAAUUAAUUUCAUAUUUUAUAUACAAUGGCAUUACAACCUUCUAUUGGAAGUGUACCCCCAGGUGCGAUCCAAGUUGACAGAAAUGAGGCCGCUGCUUAUCAGUACCGGCAAAUUAAAGAAUGGCCUCACUUUCGUGAUGUAUGGCCGUUCAAAGUCGGAGUUCCAUUACUCGCUGGCUUAGCCGCUUGCUCAGCGUUGGUGAUAAAUCGCCAUUUCAGAAUAAAAGUUAAAUUACGAAACCAGGGUGUGAUAGCAACUCAGAUUACUAGUGCAACGGGUGCAGUAAUUUUUGCAACGGCUCCACAUAUUGCAGUAAUAUUUUAUUUAUUCAUGAUAGUAAAAUUCGUAAUGCAGGACUUGUUUUUAAAUACAACACCAUGUCCACUUUGUGUUGAAACAAGAGCAACUUUUAUUCAAACUGGAGCUGCAAUCAUAUAUCCUAGUAUUGCUGCACCUCUGGCUAAUUUUUUUCUAGCAUCAAGAAUUGGAACUUACCGACUACCCUACUUUGCUGACGGGAAAGAAAUUUUUAAAUUAUGGAUUAAAUUCAUGAAACCACUCCAUAUAAAAUUAGUUAUACUGACGGCUGUUAAUAUUUUGGCUGCUGGUUUUAUUACGUAUAAAGAAGCAAUGUCAAUACAAAGAGUUAGAAUAAAAUUGAUAAAGUUUGCUGAACAGUUACAUAAAGAAGAAAGUGUAAAGUUACAGAAACUCAAGCAAUAAAUUUUUUCUAUUAUUGUUAUUUAGUUAUUAUUAAUGAUAAUGACUUAAAGUAAUUUUUGUUUAAUGCAUUUUAGAAUAAAAAAUUUUUUGAAUUUAUUUACUCAUCAACACAGUGUUUAUUUGCACUUAAUUUUUUGUUAAUAUCAUAUAUUUUAAUUUUGUUUUUAAACUAAAGUUCACAUUUAAAUAAUUGAAAUCUCACAUAUAGGCACAAUAUAUUUCGUCGUAUAAUCAAUUAUAAUUUUUUACUAAUCAUUAUAUUUAAUACAUCAAAUCAGAUGGAUCUAAACACUUUAUUUAAUUAUUGAGACUAUAAACCUUAAAUUUUUUUUAAAGGCGUAUUUAUAACUAGUAAAUAAAUCCAUUGAAAUUAAUUUUCAGUUGAUUCAAUUCUACUCGCAUAUUGCAAUAAUCAAUAUUUUCACUCAAUUACAAGAAUUAAAUUAUCGAGUAAUAACAUUACUUGACAUCAACCUUACUGAGGACGUAUCAAUAUAUUUAUCAUAAAAUAAUGUAAUAUUUUUUUUUUAAUUAUUACAUUAUUAUAAUUGAUCUCUUUUGUACUUGAAUAACAAAUUUUUCCCUUAAAAAUAAAGUAAGUUUUAACCAUUAAUUAUUUAACAUGGUUUUUUUUAUCAACAAAAUCUUGACUUAGAAUAUUUAUAUAACGAACAUAUUUUCUUUGAAACCAAUAGCUACUGUCGCUUGUCAAAGAAGAAAUGUAUGAAUUUGCUAAGUAUGUGAAAAAUGUUAUUAUCGUUAUAAAAGUUCUUUUUUUUUUCCUUCAUACAAAAAUAUUCUGUUAAUUGCUAAAGUUAAUACAAAUAUUGUAGAAUUCAAUUAUUAUUGUACAAUAAAUAUAUUUUGUUGUUAUUUUUACGUACUAAUAAUUAAAUUAAAAUAUUUAUUAGACUUAAUAUUUGAACAGAAUAGAAUCAAUAUUAAUUCAAGAAUUUUUUAUAAGAUUAAAUACGCCAAAAACAAACAAACUAGUCUUACAAUAUAGAUUAUUACAUAAGCAAACAAUGGAUAUGAAUAUUCCAAUAAAGCCCAUUAAUUUUUUGUAAAAAUUGAUCAAAGAUAAACAUUUGCUGAAAGUUUGUAAAAUUUUAAAUAUUUAGUUUGAAAAAAAAAAUGAAUUAUAUUACUUCAAAUUCGAUAUUUAUUUGAAGGUAAAAAAUUAUUUCAACACAGACAGCGAUUGGAAGUUUGAUAUUGAUAAUCUAUAACAAUUAUAAAUUUACGACACACUUUUUGAGCUAAUGAAGUUGAAUUAAUAACAUCUGAAUGGAAUUUCAACUAAAUUGCACUAUUUAAAUAUUAAAUAACAAUUUUAUCAAGCAUUGGCAGUUAAUUGGGCGCUUUUUAUAAAUGAUUUAGACUUUAUUGCUUAUCUGAAAUCAUAAAUCGAGAUCUCAACAAUUAAUAAAAUUAGCUAUAAGUAACGAUUACAAGUUUUUUUUUUUUAUUUCGCUCUAAUUAAAUCUAAUAUUGAUUAAUAAUUGAUAAUAUUAAUUAUACUAAUACGGCAGUGAAAAAAAUAUCAGCAAAAAAGCUGAAUGGGCAGAAAGCUGCUCUAAGUAAAUGAAAGCAAAAAGUUUAUGAAAGGCAAUAUUGAUAUUUAAAUA